AUGGAGUCUUAAUUUGAUGGUAGUUAAACCAAAAAAAAAUAUGCAAUAAUAACACCAGCUGUUAGGAUGGCAUUCAUAAAACGAGUUCAAUCAAGACAGUCGACAAUCAAGUAAGCAGCACAAGAAUUUGGAAUUAAGUUUAGUACAUCUAAGGCUAUAUUGUAAACUUAUAAAAGAGAAGGAAGAGUUGGUAAGAAAAAGACUCGAUCUAGAAAAAGCACUUUAAAAAAUGAAUCAAAAUAAGAAAAACAAGAUGAGAAAUAAUAACCAAUUAAUUCAAAUGAUUAAUAAUCUCUCUAAAAACCUUAACCAAUCGAUAUAACCCAGAUGAAUUUCCAAUAAUAACAAGCCUUAUAAUUUCAAAUACUUUAAUUAAGUCUUUCAAUGAACCCUUAUUUAUUUCUACAGUAGUAAUUUUUUUAUCUAUUAUAUUAGAAACUAAUACUUAUAACAAAGUCUUCAAUAAAUUCCUAACCAAUAACUGUUUUAUUAUCAAUGGUAAAUGAAUAACCUGAGAACAUAAGCUUAACCAUAAUAAUUUGGAAAGAUUCUUGAUUAAAGAUAAAUGAUAACUCCAGUUCAUUCUAGUAAAUUGUUGGAUACCAAAAUGGAUGAAAUAGGAGCAACUUUGAAGGAUUUUAAUUGA